AUGUGUAUUAUGUUUUAUUUUUAUUCAUUUAGUUUUUUUUAUUUUAUUUUUAUUUAUCUAAUUAUUUUUAUUUAUUUGUUAAGUUUUAUUUAUUUUAUUUUUAUUUUUUAUUUAAAUAUUUGUUUAUUUGUUUUUUUAUAUUUGUUUAUUUGUUUUUUUAAAAUUUAAUCUUCAUGGCAUUGGCAAUUUGGCAUUUUUCCUAUAUUUUUAAAACAAUACUAAUUAUAUAUGGCAAUUGGCCUUUUGGCAAGAGGCUUAUCUUUUUUAUUUAAAAUUUUGAUAAUAUAUUUAAAUAGGAAAACUAUCCUUUUUAAUCUUUAAGGGUCUUUCGGAGGACUAGAUAGUAUUUAAGAGAGCCUAGAAUCUCGCUUUUUAUUGAAGGGUUUUUGUUUGUUUAUCUUUUUAUCGGAUUUUAAAAAACUUAGCCUUAUAAAAACUUGA